CGACCGCUCAUCGUCCUCCUCCUCGCUCGCAUCACCCUCUCCAUCUAGCGAGAGGGUGCGCCGCUCGGAAUGCUGAGCCGCGUGCCAACUGACUGGCUCAUGUUCUUGAUAUGCAGAGUCCUGCCGAGCGCCUUGGUCUUCCGGUACGCUUCAAGCAUGCCUGCAAGGCCUUACCAGACGACAUGAGUCUAUUGCGGUGCAUGUGUGAUGCAGGCUGAGUGGCGUCUGCAAGGAGUUUCAUCGCAUCUGCUGCCGUGUCACACAUGUGAUGAAACUCGUCAUCGCGGGGAACGAGAGGCCAAUCAAGGCGACACUCACCAGCGGCAACCUCAUCGCGCUCACAGGCAGCUACCACUACUUCGCUGACGCAUGGGGAGGCAACGCAAGAUCAAGGGGUCUCAUCCGCCGCCUAAUCGAGGGAAGCCGAGUGAGUCAACUCGUCAUAGCGGGCCACCUCAUCCGCUCUGAGGUGACUGGGCUGCUGAGACGCUUCACAGCUCGUGUGGCCGGCCAGGAGCCGGACCACUCCCUGACGCAGCUCCGGUGCGCCGCUCGGUGCAUCCCAUUUGUGAUGAGCCACAUCAAGGACAGCAACGCGGCUGCAUCGAUGAGUAGCCUCAAGUGGGUCAGGAUGGAAGGGCGUUUAGCGAGGGGGCAGCUGGAGAUCAUGGCCCGCAACCUGCCGACGUUACAGGGCAUUCGAGCAUCGUAUUCAGGUAGGGGAUAGAUAGGCUGGGAUGCAUGGAUGGGCAAUCUUUGCUUACUCGUUGGUUGUGUGGUGGCUUUGUUCGCAGAGGACUUGAUUGAGGACAACGUGUUGAGGCUUUUCCCGAGUCUGACACAUCUCGAGGUAUGCGAUCCAAUGCAAUGCCCACGGAGAGCCGGCAAGCUUGAUGUGUGCAUAUGGUUGUCCUUCCUUGGUCAGAUUGACGUCCUGCCGUUAUGGGCGUUGCGUUUCAUCUGCACCGGCCCCUCGACCACGCGAGCAGCCGAACUGCUCACCUUCGUGGGCUUCCAGACGAUGCUAACGGCGACCACUGCCACAUUCCUGCGCGACAUGCCGCAACCAAGGUCUGACCUGACGUUGCCACAGACAGGUUGACACACGUGGGUAUGUGUGGUGUGUCCUCACUUGUGUCGAUGCGUCCCUCUUCCUUCCUUCAGGCGUCUGAGUCGCGUGACCAAGGUGUCGUUCGUUCGUGUCGACGCCCGGGGGCAGGUACUCCGCAUUCUGGCCGGCUUCCUCCCCUCCCUAGAACACCUCACAUGGUGUCGUGUCGAUGCCGUGCCUGAUGACGAGUCCGACGAGGACGAGCUGCCACACAAACGACGCCGGACGACAGAGCACCCACAGCCAAGUGUGGCAUCGGCCUCGGCAUCGGCUUCCCCUGGUGGCCGUCGGUCGGCGCCGGUAGCUGCUGCAGUGGAGGGGCCCAUGAUAAGGAGACUGCAUCUCUGGCUGGACUUUGCGACGUCGUGCUGCACAGUGGCCGAGGUGGGAAGGAAGAAACGCUUCCGCGCGGCACAUCUGGCACAUCUGUAGUCGUGUUCUCUCUUGUCCAGGCACUUCGAAGUGUGUCGCGGCAUCCCCUGCUGCAGGGCGUGGAGCUGCUGAGGGUGGGGGGGUCAUGGCACCACAAGGGGGCUGAGGUGCUCCCAGCGGUGCCCUGCCGGCAGCAGGAGACGGUCACCCUAGGCAAGCGCGGACGACAGGAGGGGACGUCGUCGUCGAGUGCUGCCGGCGAGCCAUCUGCACCGUGCGGCCUCUGCACCAUCGGGCCGCUUCAGCAGCUGGCGUAUCUCAAGGGGGUUGUGUUUGACAUGCCCUGCCUGGGAGGGGCGGCAGCAGCUGCAUGGAGGGCGAGGGUGAGGGGCCAGCUGCCGGCCGUAUCGGCGGUGCGGUACAAAGAUAGCUAUGCGUUGAGACAGAACCGGCCUGCAUGACAUGAUCAGAUGGAUGGUGGCCCGCUGCGUAGACUGGACGAAUGAGAGGCUGUCUAAUGCGUGGGGUGGUUGUGUGGACGAGCUUCGGAUACACGGCAUUCAUUGUAUGGGUUAGUCGGGCUGUACAUAUCCACGAAUGACAUGCAUUGCAACACGUGAGUGGAAGGAAGAAACCACCGACCGC